GACAGUCAGUCAAGUAGGCCUACAGGCUUACUGCACUGACAGAGAGUCAGUCCACCAGCGAUAUGUACAUGGCAGGUAACCAAUGAGAUUCGGCCAAUAUCAAGUUUCGAAAAGUACUACACAACAAUAAUGGUUUGCCAUCUGAAGUUAAACCAACUGGAGUCACUGGUCGCUCUUCUCAAGCAAUAUCAACCACAGUCAUUACCGAUCCUAUUCCGAAUCCAGAAGACACUUGAAAGCGUGGUGAGCUAUGAUGUGUUUGUGGACAGCUGGCCAGAUGUUACCCACGUCUUGACGAGAAGGAAAAAGGGCACCGAGAGCCUGGCUUCUACCUUCACCCAAUUCUUCGCCCUAAAGCAAAACAGUAUCAUAUUGGAGUCGAUACUAUCUGAUCAGACGUUGUUUGACUUCACCAAACAACACUGGAUUGCAGGUCUCGAUUACACUUAUCAGUCGACUUUGAAGAAAUUUGAAGAGGAGCACGGUUUACAAAGAAAGGAUUCGGUCAACUACAUAUUAUACGCUGCGACGGAAGAGACACUACCUGAAGCGCCUCUUAAAGGAGAGGUCAUCAGUGGACCUAUCAAAAAACCUUUCCAUAUUGACGAAAUUGAGAAAGCAUGGACUCGUGACAUAACAAGAGAGCACAUAGAAUUCUGCCUGGAGCGUUUCCCGAGUCUAUGUCUAACAUCGGUCAAGACAGGAGAGCUGGUUGCUUACGGGUUUAUACAGGAUUACGGUGCGGUGGGGAAGCUCUUCGUGAAGCCAGCGUUCAGAGGUCAAGGUUACGCCAAAUGGAUUAUGACCCAGCUGGCGAGGAGGCAGAUAAAAGAUACGGGCUUGGAAUAUCAUAUGUCGUUUGUUUUGGAAACGAACGUAGAGUCAAGUCUAGUUCAUCAGAAAUGUGGCUACAGGGAAUACCCUAGUGACAAGUACUUUUGGGUGAUGUUCAAUGCCCUUACACGAAACUGACAAAAGACAAGUUCAUUUUGAGGGGCGUAAGGCUCCAUCAUGACUGUUUAUUGUGUCAUAAAGGCAAAGCUAUACCUUUGUCCAACAUGCAGAUUGGUGAUCAGUCACACUCGUGACAGUCGAUUCGUUAACUAAUAAACAUCAUUGACACACUCAAAACAAA